AGAUCUAAAGAUGGACGACAACGGAAGUGUGCCUUUGUAGCAUAUGACGUGAUAAUGUGAGUACUGCUGUUACAGCCGCACCCGCGAGACAACAUCUUAGUAUGGCGUCAGAAACAACAUCUGAUAAACAGGCCUCAGAUCUAGAAAUACCACAUACCACAGAAACCACUGCUCCGGAGAUUAAAGAAACCUCCUCCGCCUCUAAAGAAACAUCACAAUUACCAGUCUCCCCUGGUCUGAGAGACUUGUUCAACAGAAUAACAUCCAGCGAUUUGAUCAUAAUGUCAGUUCAGAAAGAUGCUCCUGAUCCUACAGAGGAUGAUAAGAUCAAGUAUCUGAUGAGUUUGUUACAGGAGAAACCUACUCAGUUCUUACACAGAUAUUUGUCCUGUAUCAAGCCAGAAGAUGUUGCCCUGUUCAAGGAACACAGGUCUGAUCCUAUAGUAACACACUACUUGCACCAACUCACAAAAGACGCUAAUCAACAUAAAGUGAUAAGAAACAGGAGAUACAAAAGAAUGCAAGAGCUGAUAUCUGAAGGAGCCUAUUUUAGUGACGAGGAAAUGAAAGAACGGGACCAGAAGUUGCACUAUCAGAUGAUAGGUCAAUUCGAGACAGAAGAAGAGCGAGAUACGAAGGUUAGAGCGAAGAUGUUGGAAGAAGAAGCAAAGUUUUCAUCUUUUCUCCUCCAUGCGUCAGACAGACAGGAUUACAUGAACAAUAACAUGGUGGAAGAAGAAGAGGAUGAUGAUGAUGAGGAGGAGGACAUGAUACAGUGUGGAAGUAAGGAGGAACUAGCCGAGCAGUUCAGGAACAUCAUGAUACAGAGGUUCCUAGGUGGGGAGGAUUCUGAUCAUAUCUCGUAUCUGGAUAUUGAUAACAACGAGAAAUACGACGAUCUUGUCAUGAGAUCAAGAGAUGCUGAAGAUGCGUAUUUUGACUGUGAAUCUGAAGAGGAUGCUAAAGAACAGAUGGAAGAUGACCGGGAGUUCAACCCUCCUCCCUUGCGGCCGAGAAAAGCCAGCUCUACAGACGAUAAGUCUUAAUUUUUAAUCGAUGCGUAAAUCUCAUUUUAGUGAUUGAGUAUCAUUUUUAUGAAUAAAUAUUUAUGCUUGAAUA